CACGAUGGCAUCUAACGUCCCCGCAACUGACCCCUCCGUCUACGACACCUACAAGUCCAAGUGGUCCACGCUCCCCGACACCGCGGAGUCGUGGCUCGCCCGUGCCAGAGAGGUCUCUGAAGUUCUAGCGCAGGAUGCAGCGCAACGAGACCAGGAGAACAAGUCGCCGCGCGCUGAGAUUGCGCUCCUAAAACACUCUGGCUUGCUGAAGCUCCUGGGCCCGAAGAAGUAUGGCGGCGGCGAGCAGCCGUGGAGUGUCGGGUAUCAGGCCAUUCGCGAGGUGGCGAAGGGGGACGGGUAUGCCCAUUCCGAUACGCUUUAUAGUCAACGACACAGUUAACCAACCAGGUUCCAGGUCUAUUGGAAUGCUCUUGGGCUACCAUCUCCUCUGGUCAACGACCGCCAACGUCGUGGGAACACCUAAGCAAAUUGAGCAGACGCACGAGCUCAUCAUCACCAACAACUACUUUGUCGGCGGAGCCGUGAACCCGCGUGACAGCGAUCUGAAGAUCACCUCUGACGGAGACAGCAUUAUCUUCAACGGCGCAAAGUUCUUCAACACGGGCGGUGUCGUGUCUGACCUCACCGUGCUCGAAGGCGUCCUCGAGGGGACAGACAGCCACAUCUUCGCGCUCGUCGAGACCCGGCAACCGGGUAUUCAGUUCGCGCAUAACUGGCAUAACAUUGGACUCCGUCUUACUGAAUCCGGCGGUGUCAAGAUCGAGAACGUCCGCGUUCCGUGGACAGAUGCGCUGGGCUGGGACGCCGCACAGAAGAAGCCGCGCGAGGAUAUCCUGGCCACGUCGUUUGCAGCCCUGCUUCUCCCCACUAUUCAACUUGUCUUCAGCAACUUCUACCUUGGCAUCGCGCUGGGGUCGCUGCAGUUCGCCUCAAAGUACACCACCACGACCACCAGGGCGUGGCCUUACGGCGGCGACAAUAAACCCGCCGCCACGGAUGAAUUCUAUAUCCUCGAGCGGUACGGCGAGUUCUUCGCGCACCUCCGAGCCGCAGAAGCACUCGCCGAUCGAGCGGGAGACCAGUUGACCAGUCUCUACACUAAAUACAGCUCCAACCGCACUGCCCUGACGCCUCAGGAGCGCGGAGAGGUAGCAGAGUGGGUGGCAAGCGUCAAGAUCGUGACAACAGAUGUCGGGCUCAAGGUAACUAGUGGGGUGUUUGAGGUCACUGGGGCCAGAGCGACCAGUCUUAGAGUCGGGCUUGAUCGGUUUUGGAGGGAUGUCAGGACGCACACGCUGCAUGAUCCAGUGGCAUAUAAGCGGAGAGAGGUGGGUAGAAUUAUUGUAUAUGGAAUGAUAAUAUGA